AAUUAGAGAGGAACACGUGAAUUCGCUCACCUACUUAGGGCCACGUAAACGGGCGUUCGUGUCUUCACAUCAAAAGACACCACUGUCUGUGUGUAGGCCUACAAAAUCUGUGUAUGAAAAAAGAGAGAGGAAUAUGCACGCCUUGGUGAACGCCUUCAUGCGCUGCCUCUCCUUCCUCUUGCCUCCCUCUUGGCUUUGUGUCAGUUUUUGCUUGUGGGUUGGGAAUGAGUGCGAAGAGACGCUGCCACGGCCCAAUCCCAGAGCACGUUUCAAAAGCAGAAAGCCUCUUGCAUAUGAGGAAGUAGCAGCACUAGCAGCAGCAGCAGUAGAAGCCCAAGGAGGCUCCAGUCCGUCGGUCUCACCAGGUCCAGGCUGCGUCUCGCUGGCUGCUACAAGCCCCUCUUCUCCUCAGGGCCCUCUGUCGGGUCGGAUCUGGAUCGGGGGUCUUUGGCGAGCCGUGGAGCGCGUCUUCGGAGCCCCUUGGGUCUUACUCCGCCAUCACUGGUGCCCGGAGAAGCGUCGAGCAGCUUUACGCGCCCCGUAUCCUGUCUGUGCCUUCGAGUCAAGCGAGAUUAAAAGCUUCCAGGGAGGCGCUGCUGCUGCUGCUGCUGCUGCUGCUACAACCGUGGAAGAUAAGGGAGCAGGGGGGAGCACCUUGACUUGUUCGAGGAACAUGAGUGGGUCCGUGGGGAGCCCGAAUCCAGCGGAGUGCGUCUUCGUUGCGUCAGUGGUGCACGGCAUCGAUGAGGUAAUCACCGUGGAUCAGCACACUCAGGAGAUGGGGACGGUGACGAUAACAGUGGCCAUUCAAGCGGCGGAGGACGAGGAGCCCGAGGAGCUGUCAUCCAAUAAUAUUGACUUCCUCGGAGGCAGCUGUAGUGAGGACGAAUUCGGAAGACAUGACAAAUCAAGCGGUGCCGGGACCAGUGGAGGGGAGUUGGAGGAGGAGAGCUGGCAGCCCCCAGAUUCCGAGCUCAUCCAGAAGUUAGUUGCUCAGAUUGAGUACUACCUGUCCGAUGAGAACCUGGAGCAUGAUGCCUUUCUGCUCAAACAUGUCAGACGCAACAAACUGGGGUUUGUCAGCGUCAAGUUGCUCACUUCGUUCAAAAAGGUGAAACACCUGACUCGUGACUGGAGAACAACUGCUUAUGCUCUGAGACACUCAAAGAUACUUGAGCUGAACGAUGAGGGGCGUAAGGUGCGGCGCAAAUCUGCAGUGCCAGUCUUUGCCAGUGAGUCGUUGCCUAGCCGCAUGCUGCUGUUAAGUGAUUUGCAGAGCUGGCCAGAGCUGGCAGCUCUCGCUAAGGAUAAUGGAGGCAGUGAGGGAGGAGCCACUCAGCAGGAGCAGCUGAUGAAGCUGUUGCUGAAGGAGUUCGGAGCGUACGGCGCCAUCGCCUCUGUAAGAGUCCUGAAGCCCGGGAAGGAUCUGCCGGCUGACCUGAAGAGGCUGAGCGGCCGCUACACUCAGCUGGGCACUGAGGAGUGUGCGAUUGUGGAGUUUGAGGAGGUGGAGGCGGCUGUCAAAGCCAAUGAAGCUGUGGGGAGUGAGGACGGAGGGGCCGGUUCGCUGGGGUUGAAAGUAGUCCUGAUUGGCACCAAGCCGCCCAAGAAGAAGGUACCGAAAGAACGACCGCGUGAAGAAGGAGGGAUGCGCAAAAGUCGCUCACUCAACAGCAGAGUACGAGAGCUUCAGUACCACGGGGACGACUCGGCCUGCAGCUCCUCAGACACUGAGAGCAACCCUACAUCCCCUAGGCUGGCCAGAAAGUCCCAGUCCUGCAACAAGCUCAGCCCCACCACUGCAGGCAUCAACAUCCAGAACAAUCACCUUAGUCCUGGUAUGUCUCCGCGUAACAGUCCCUGGUCUAGCCCCCGUGCCAGCCCCUGUCCUCAGCGCAAAUCUCCGCAUUCCCACAAGUCUCCCUUAGCCAGCGAGGGCAGACUGAGCCCUGAGGCUGGGCGUCGCUGGGCAGACUACUCCUCAGACAGUAGCCUCACCCCUUCAGGGAGCCCGUGGGUUCAGCGGCGCAAGCAGGUGGCGUCUCAGGAGAGCAGUCCCGUGGGCAGCCCGAUGCUGGGUAGAAAGAUCCAAAAUGCCGACGGCCUGCCGCCAGGCGUAAUGAGGCUGCCAAGGGGUCCUGACGGAACCCGCGGCUUUCACUGUGUUUCUGUUGCGGAGAGGGGAAAGAGUGCUGCUACUCAGACUUGAUAUGUGGAGCAUUCUUAGGCACUCCUUAUCCCCCAGGAAAAAAAAUGAUGUAUUGGAAAUUUGAGCUGUUCUCGGCCGUGUCGCCCAGUCCCCACCCCACAUUUGAGACUGUGUAGAUAUAUUUUUGUUGAGUGCAUCAGUUUUCAGUGUUUUGUUAUAUUUUUAUACAAUGUUUUGAGUUACCAUGGUAACAUUAGUGAUUUACUAAUGGAAAUUUGAGUGAAUGUUAAUUGAUAUUGCUUUGAAAUGGACCAUGUUGCCGCCAUUGCUGUCUAAACUUGUUCUACAUGGGGUGGGUUGGAGAGGGAAUUCCACUUUUUUUUUUUUUUAAUUGAAGUGUCCUGUCUUGUGUGUAAAAGCUCACAGCAUUGUACGUGGAUGGUGUAUAAAUGUGUAAGUCGUGUAAGUGGCAUAGGCACAUGGACUUGAUAGAAAUAUCCCCAUAUGCCUUUUUCUGUGUUUGUCUACUGUGAGUUCCAAUUUGUUUACAUAUUAUUUAAACUGAGGCCAUAAUCGCUCCACGGCCAUAAAGGUUGGACAGUUAAAUUCUGGAAAUGAUACUUUUUUAGUUUUUAUUUUGCCUUUUCUUAAUUUCAGUAUUUUCAGUAUGCUUUGGCACUUAGUUGGGAAGGUUCUCUUCUCUCCCUGUAAAUGUUAAUUAGUUUGACAGGUAGCUGCUUUAUUUAUUGUUUUAGCUUUAUUUUUAUUUGUUUCUUGGCAUCUGUUUCCAUCGGUCUAAGCUCACAGUGAGGUUUGAGGGAUGUUCAGGUCAGGCAGAAAAAAAAAAUGCUCUUAUGUUCUUGCCUAUACAUCUGAACUGGGGUAUUUGUACAGUGCGAUUCCUAUUGUACAAAUAAAUCACUAAAAUUGCAA